AUGCUCUACAACCUCGCAAAGCGAGGGGUGAAAUGUGUGCUCUUUGAGAAGGGGGAGCUAACGUGCGGUGCCACUUGGCACGCGGCUGGACUUGUAACACGCUUUCACGGUGGUAACAACUUCCGGCUUUGGCAUGACGAGGGCGUCAACCUCUUCUCCCAGUGGCAGGCAGAAGGCACACCGUUGAGCUUCCACACACCGGGUUCCAUCCGGCUGAUCCCCAAUCAGCGGGACUACAUAGAUGAAGCGAAAUACCAGGUGAGCAAAGCCAAGAUCUUUUCGGGGCUUUUUGAAUGUGAGCAGCAUCAUAUGAUCUCUGUGGAUGAGAUCAAGGAGAAGCAUCCGCUAGUGAACUUGGAAGACACGGGCAUCUAUGGCGGAAUCUUCACUGAGGGCGACGGCCACAUUGAUCCCAGCAGUGUGACCAAUGCCUUUGCGGAUCGAGCCAAAGGCCUGGGCGGCACCAUUGAGCAGAAGACAGAGGUCGUAGGCAAGUUGCAGAGUUUCCAAGUGUCGCAAGCAUUGCAGAGCGACAGAAACGCUUCGUGGGGUUGCGCGCUUCGCUCCUGA